AUGAGUCGCCUGGUGGCUCCAAAGUUGUUGAUUCCCUCUUUGGGAUUAGGCCCAUUGGGCCAAGGGGAACCGGAACGUGACCGUGACUCCGCCUUUUCGCCAGCUGAAUUCGAGUCUGCUCCUUCGUCACGGCCAAGCUCCAACUUGGCUUCGCAAAACAGAAGCAGGCCUUCGCACCCACGGGGUGAUGCACAUGCAUCUCGCCCGAUAGCUUCGAUACAGUCCUUCUCAUCAAGGUCAGAUUCCAAAGAUUCGUCUCUGCCCUUGCCAUUCUCGCGAGGUCCAGAUCCGCUGCAUUCCACAGGAAGUGCAGAGAGCGAAGUGGUCAGUCAACCUGAUCCAAUUAGCCCAAGCAGCGCCCUAGGUGGAGCGAUCUCCACUUUCGGGGCUCCUGCGGAAUGGUGGCAUGAUUCCAUCAUCCUGGGCAGGCUGAGUGCUUUGGCUCUGCGAUACUUUGCUACAAAGGCGGUCAAGAAACCGUGGAAAGCUUGGCUACGAUACCUCGAUGCCGUCCGCGACAAAGAAGAGGGCCGCUUGCGCAGCCAGCUGCAGCUUGCGCUGCGCUUGUGGAGACGGCGCACGGUGUGGCAUGGACGACGUCUGGCGCCAAAGCGUCCUCUGCUGCUUGCCUUGCAGAGGAUUACACAGACACACUUGGCACCGGUUUGGGGGCGGUUGCGUCAGGCCGUCUUUGCGCAACGAGACGUGGAGCGCAGGCUUCGAGUGCUGCACCUGAUUCGCCGGAAGAUGAUGGAAACCAUGGCUCAGGUGCACUACUACCAAUCGCUGUUGCGACUCGGGCUUGCGGCACUCUGGCUGGCUGUCAAAAUGAGGGACACGUCUUCCAGCUCCGUUGCAUCAGCUCCUGUGGUAUGCUCGAGCCGUCACACCCAUGUGCAGCAGGUUUUGAGCCGGGCUUGGCGCCGCUGGCGCUUCGCGACACACAUUUCGGAUGGAGCCAACCAUGAAUCCGAGUCCAUCCAGCAGGAAGAAAGAACUGCGCUGAUCGGCCAAGAUGGUACAGACCAGCCGCAGGUCGUGAAGAGGGAUGCCGACAGCUCUGAUGAUGAUGCUUUGAGUACUUCUAGACGGUGUCGCUUCACCACCGGCAUGUUCUUGCUUUGCGUUGCUGCGGCGAUUCUGAUCUUCUAUCCGAAUGCGAUGGCUCAUCGACAUUUUUCGAAGACUCUGGUUGGCCUAGAGGAAUGGGAGCAAAUCCCGAACAUUUCGGGUGUUAUCAAACGUGCAGAAGGUUUGGAUCCGGCCAAGACACCGCGGAAUCUGCGCGACCUUUUCACCCAGUAUGGGCCAUACCAGGAUGGAGAGCUACCUUGGGUAAGAACGCAAUGUGUUGUUGAUGCCGUUCAAGCAUCGGCAUAUCUGGUGCAGGCAGUGGUUUUCUUGUAUCGAGCCAUAGACUACCAGGGUCUCGAAUGUCCAAAAGACACUCCUUCUGGAUGUGCUGUGAGUAUCGCUGGCUUUAUCGCCUCUAUAAGCUGGGUGGCAUCGUACAUCAGCUUGGCAGCAUCGUCCUGUGGGGAUGCGUUGAACUCGGGGGCGCUAUGUGCUGCUGACUGGACUGCGCUGAUGGCCGAUUUUGCAGAAGUUGCCUCGAGUGGUGCAGCAGUCAAAAACGAUUGUGACUUCGGAGGGAAAAUCAGUGCCUUGCUCCUCCACAUCGAUCGCAAUCGCAAGACACAUCCAUAUUAUCACUGGGAGCAAUUCCUCCCAGCUGGUGCUGGGCCAGCCGUCAUCAUGGCGCGCAAGAGACAUAUGGGCACGAUGCGAGACUUUGACGUCACACAGUGCGUCGUGGAUGUGACGAACGCCGCAGCUUUCCUCGUACGGGCGACGCUGCAAGUUCACACGGCAACACUUGCUUGUCCCGAGCCAAGGGCCUGCAGCAUAGACAUCUUGGAUGUGAUCUCUUCGUUCAGCUGGAUCUCACGUUUUAUAUCUCUGGCCGUGACAGACUGCUCUGUUGGGGGCAGCCAGAAGGCACUAUGUGGUGCACAAGUCUCAAACUUGGUCGCGGCAGUUGCACGAGCCAACAACGUGAAGGAAUUGACGGAGAGGCUCGGCUACGCAGCGAACGGGCCUGAGAGCCUGUCGAAGACACGGCUCGGGCUGAUGCUUGAAUGGUCGCAAAGGAUCCUCCACUCAAGUGGCAGAAUGUGGCUCUCAUCUGCUCAGUACCAGGAGCGAGAGCUUGAGGCCUGGCUGACUGGAGAAUGCUCCACACCCAGGUCCAUGAUCCUUGCUGAGGCCUUUGAGUCAGUACCUGUGGCCGAAACCGAAAAACUGGUUUCAGCCACGGCAAUGUCAUCUCCUUCGCCAGACCCCCUCCGCCGGCACCCCUUCCUCGCAGAAGGAAGCAGUGGGCUUCAGGUGCAGGCUGAAGAAUCUCUGUUGCUGCUGGACGACCAGGCAGUGGAUGUGGGUGUGGUCGGACGACAGGCAUGGCUUCAAAGAUCCCGCAAGCUGAGUACUGCGCAGAGGUCCAGACAGCUUUCGCAGGUGUCAGGCAAGAGCUGCAAAGGCAAAGACUUGGACAUGCACCGGCGCCAUUCCAGCGAGGAUUCAGGCGCCGCUCUGGCUGCUCCCAGCGUGCCAGACAACAGGCAACAGAGGACCAACUCCAGCGCGUCAUCUGACGCGGAGGUUGACUUCAAUAUUUGGACGGAUGGCAGCCGACCGGCAAAGACCAGUGCGGCGCCCAUGGCGUUGGCAGGGCACACAGGCCCCCCAGCUUUCAGCGGAGAGCGUGCAGUGGCCGACAGAAGUGACAGUUAUUGGGCGAUUCGGCGGACCAUUUGCAGACCAUCGGCUCUCGGAUUGCGAAAACCUCUGCACAGCACCAGUAGAGCAGCAACUGCAUGCAACAUCCAGCAUAUCAGGGCAUGA